AUGGCUGCAAAACUUGGUCAGUCACUGCCUCACCUGCUGCCGGGUGAGGCAAUCCUCCUCGAUUACGCUGCAGAUGACUCCCGCGAUAUCGUGCCACUCUCCGACAAAGAAGCUCUAGUCCUGCAGCUUGCCAACCAGGUCCAGGAACAGCGGCUGGAAAAGGCGUUGCUGGAACAAGAGCUUGAGGUGCUUUCCGGCGAUAAUGUGGAAGAACAGCUCGCGAUCGCGGAGCGCGAGUUCCUACAGGCGCGAUCUACCUACACCGUCAGGAAGAAGGCCGCUCGCACCAUCCUCAUGACCGAUCCCAUCCUCAAAGCUGUUCACCUGAAGACAACUAGUCCUCCCGAACGGGCACUACUCCGCCUUGUCAACCGCCGCGAUGUGCUUGCGCUUGCACAUGAGAAUCUCGCUUCAGCACACGACCUAGUGCUAAAACAGCUGUCUAACUCGGAGGUGGAAAAUCUACAGAUCAACAAAGAGAACCAGGAGCUAGUGCGCGAGCUCCUGGAGCUCACGCGGCAGGAUGACUCCUGGAGAGAGAAACUGCAGGAUGCAACCCUUGCAUCACAGUUGGACGACCUUGAGACCGAUCUCAAGAAGCGCAAGGCACAAUGGGAGGUUAUGAAGAGCGUUGCCAGUGCUAUGGUGGUUGGCAGCGGGCUCAACUGGGCCGACGACGAGAAGCUUGAAGCUUUGGUACUUGACGAAAGUGACGACUGA